CCACACACCCGCGUAUAUACCCACACACACCCAUAACCACACCCACACCCACACCCACACCCACACCCACACCCACACACCCACACACACUCCCACACCCACACCCACACACCCACACCCACACCCACACACCCACACCAAUUUCUUUUGUCAUUGAUUUGGUUAGUGGCUGUUCGUCGUAUAUCUUAGUUUCGUCUGUCAUUGAUAUUUGUCAGAAUGAGAUAUCACAUGUAACAACAUACACCAGUUUUCUAUUUAUCUUUCAUCAAAGUAGCAGUUAAGAAGAAAAGCAAAACAGAGAUAUUGUAAUCUUGGUCAUGUUGCUAUUUCAGAAGAAUGACGUUAAAACAUUGUGCAAAGUUUCUUCUGUUGUAAAGAAACUUGCAUUCUAAUAGGAUUCUAUGUUGUGGUAACAAUGAAGCUGUAACAAUAGGGAGACAUUUUUCGGACUAUCUGAGGCAUUAUGGAUAUGAGUAUAAAAAGAGUUAACAUUUACUUUCACUCUCACUCGCACUCCAUUUAAAAACUUAGAUAGAUAUUCAAAACUUACAGGGUUAAGAUCUUGUUUCGAGUUUAUUGAUAUUGAUGUUUCAAAAACUUUCAAAUGGAAUACUAAAGUUUUAUCAAAACUAAUGAAGAAAUGCACGAUAAAAAUAAACAAUAACGAAGCAAUCAUUUAAAAUAAAUUUGCAUGAUACUGAUUUAUGGAAAGCGCAAAAAUAUGUUUUAUUAUUGUUUUUGCAUUUGAAGGUCAGUACCUUAUUAAGUGACGUCAUGAAAAGAAUGAUUUCAAGGUAAGUCUGAUAAAUAUCGAUGAUGCAAAUGGUUCCAUCAUUAUUUCCAUAAAUGCUGUGGUAUUAACAACGCUAUAACUAUAAUUCGAUUAUUGAAUGGAGAACACAAUUACAAUAUAAAACGAAUUGAUGUAAUAAAAACUUUUGCUACUUAUGUUGAUAGAAAAUUUUCCAUAUGGACACAGCAAUAUCAGAGUAAGUAUGUGAAUGAACUUAAAUCUACCUAAGAGGAGAGAGAAAACUUGUUAGUAGAAUGAAAAUUUGUUUAUACAGAUAAUUCGUAUUAGAAGAUGCACAAACUAUGGAUGAACAAUACCUUAUAUCUAUUGCUGAUAAUGGAAAUUCACAUUCGAAUAGUGGUUCAACUGUGGAAGUUACGUCAAGUAUUGAUGAAUAUGAGAAUGCAUUAGUAGAUCUAUCAAGAUAUCUUCAUUUAGAAUCCGACUUAAAUGAUGAUAAUGAUGAUCAAGGUUUUAAAUGA